GUGAUGAAUAGAAUAUAGAUUAAGUGGGAGAGAGGGAAUAGUGAUAUCCGAAAUGUUACUAUGAGAAAUCAGUAAUUUUAUGAAUUAUUUAACGUCUACCUUCGUUCACAAUUCUAUCAUUGUUUUCUUCAUCUUCUUCGCAAUACCAUAGCAUGGCUACCCUAAACGAACCCUUGCAAUAUCCCUCUACUCGCAGAGACGACUCUAUCGUCGAUCACUAUCACGGCGUCAAAAUCUCCGACCCCUAUCGAUGGCUCGAAGAUCCUGAUGCUGAAGAAGUGAAAGAGUUUGUUGAAAAACAAGUUCAACUCACCAAUUCCGUGAUUAAAAAAUGCGAAACUAGACCAAAGCUUAACGAAACAAUCACAAAGCUAUUUGAUCAUCCUCGUUAUGAUGCUCCUUUUAAACGAGCUGACAAGUACUUUUACUUCCAUAACACUGGUCUUCAGCCACAGAACAUUCUCUAUGUUCAGGACAGCUUGGAGGGAGAGCCAGAGGUUUUGCUUGACCUUAAUGCUUUAAGCGAGGACGGAACUGUAGCGUUGAGCACAUAUUCAGUGAGUGAAGAUGCCAAGUACCUGGCUUAUGCGCUAAGUUCCAGCGGUAGCGAUUGGGUGACUAUAAAAGUUAUGCAUAUCAAGGACCAAAAUGUUGAGCCUGAUACUUUAUCAUGGGUUAAAUUUUCCUCCAUUAGUUGGACACAUGAUAGCAAAGGAUUCUUUUAUAGCCGCUAUCCAGCACCCAAAGAGGGAGAAGUGGUAGAUGCUGGGACUGAAACAAACUCUAACCUUUAUCACGAGCUCUAUUAUCAUUUUCUGGGUACGGAUCAAUCAGAAGAUAUUUUGUGCUGGAAAGAUCUUGCAAACCCUAAAUAUACUGUGGGGGGAGUUGUUACUGAUGAUGGGAAGUAUCUCCUCCUCUAUAUUGGAGAAGGGUGUGAUCCAGUUAACAAACUUUACUACUAUGACAUGUAUGAUCAACCCAGCGUACUGGAAAACUUUCGGAGUGAAAACUCCCCCCUCCCUUUCGUCAAACUAAUCGAUAAUUUUGAUGCAAAGUAUGAUUACAUUGCAAAUGAUGACACUGUGUUUACAUUUUUAACUAAUAAAGAUGCUCCAAAAUAUAAACUAGUCCGAGUAGAUUUGAAGAAACCAAACGCUUGGGCUGAUGUUCUCCGAGAGUCUGAAAAAGAUGUACUUGAGUCAGCAUGUGCUGUGAAUGGUAACCAACUGAUAGUAAGUUACUUGAGUGAUGUGAAGCAUCUUCUACAAGUAAGAGAUUUAAAAACAGGUUCCUUGCUGCAUCAACUGCCAAUUGACAUUGGCACAGUUUAUGAGAUUUCUGCACGGCGCGAAGAUAAUGUGGUUUUCAUUAGCUUUACAAGCUUUCUAACUCCUGGUAUCGUCUAUCAGUGCAACCUGGGAACAGGGGUUCCUGAUCUGAAGAUACUGCGUGAAAUUGCGGUCCCUGGGUUUGAUCGCUCUGAAUUUCAUGUCAAUCAGGUUUUUGUCCCUAGUAAAGAUGGUACCAAGAUCCCAAUGUUCAUUGUUGCCAAAAGGGAUAUUGUUUUGGAUGGUUCGCACCCGUGCCUUUUAUAUGGAUAUGGUGGUUUUAACAUCAGUAUUACACCGUCCUUCAGUGUUAGUCGCAUUGUACUCACAAAACAUUUAGGUGUUGUGUACUGCAUUGCAAAUAUUCGUGGUGGUGGAGAAUAUGGGGAGGAAUGGCAUAAUGCAGGUUCCCUUGCAAGAAAACAGAAUUGCUUUGAUGACUUCAUAUCUGCAGCCGAAUACCUUAUAUCUACUGGUUAUACCCAACCCCGAAAGUUAUGCAUUGAAGGUGGAAGCAACGGCGGACUUCUUGUUGGUGCUUGUAUAAAUCAGAGACCUGAUCUCUUUGGCUGCGCAUUGGCUCAUGUUGGCGUUAUGGACAUGCUACGGUUCCACAAAUUUACCAUAGGUCAUGCUUGGACCUCAGAUUAUGGUUGUGCAGACAAGGAGAAAGAGUUUCAUUGGCUAAUCAAGUACUCACCAUUACAUAAUGUCCGGAGACCGUGGGAACAGCAUCCUGACCAGUCAAUUCAAUACCCAUCCACCAUGUUGUUGACGGCAGAUCAUGAUGAUCGAGUUGUGCCGCUACACUCAUUGAAGCUAUUAGCGACCAUGCAGUAUGUACUAUGUAAUAGUUUGGAGAAAAGUCCCCAGACAAACCCUAUAAUUGGCCGCAUCGACUGCAAGGCCGGACAUGGAGCGGGUCGUCCAACACAGAAAAUGAUCGAUGAAGCUGCUGAUCGGUACAGUUUUAUGGCUAAAAUGUUAGAAGUGCAUUGGAUUGAAUAGAGCUCACUGGUUCACAAAAGUAGAGAUAAGAAUAUUAGUUUCUUUCAGGCUCUACUGCCGUACCAAUUUAUAUAUCUGUUCUUCACUUCUUACAAGAAAACAUCUUGAACAUGCGAUUGUCAAUCAUUUAUUUCGAUUUUUUUCUCAAUUAAUAUUUGAAAUUGUUAAAAAACAUUGGUACUUGAGAAAUUGGUGUGGUAUCUAUUUAUGGAUGUCAUAUCCAGGUAUUGUUACCAAAAAAAAUAUCCGAGGUAUUGUACUCCGAUCAAGUUAUGCAUUUAUUAAAUGCUGAUGUUAUAAUCCA